CAGCACCAUUUGUUUUGAACGAGCUAGCCGCGGUGCAUUAUGGUCUAGACAAUGUCCAGGAUUGCCAUUUAGCGCAAAUUGACCAAAUAUAACAGCAAAACAAUAUUUAUACACGUUUUAACUUCAUCCAGUGGAUGCGGUGGGAGUGAAUACGUGUUUUGUGCCAGUUUUUACUCGUUAUUAUGUCAACAAAAACAGAAUGCAGGGUGUCCAGCUCCACGUCCAGAACAGAAGAGAGGAGGAAGUCAAGGAGCAGAGAACGAGAGAAAAGGAAGCGUAAGCGAAGUCGUAGUAGAUCUUCCUCAUCAUCUUCCAGUUCGUCGUCUUCACAAUCACGGUCUUCCUCCUCUUCAUCUUCAUUGUCCUCCUCCUCCUCCUCUUCGGGUUCAUCACAGUCAUCUAGCAGCAGCCGGAGUAGCUCAAGCAGUAGUGACUCUCGCAGUAAAUCCAGAAAGCAGUCUAAGAAAAGGAAGAAGGAAAAGUACAAAAAAAAAGCGAAGCGAGAAAAGAGACCGAAGCGUAAAAAAGACAAGAGAUCAAAAGAAGGAGAGAACUCAGGACCCGUUCAGAUUUCUAAGUAUUUGAAGGAGAGAAAAAAAGGCAAGUACAGUAUGAUUUCAGGGAAGAAGAUAAAGAUGAAAGUAAAGAAGUCCAAAAAAGACAAGCAGAGGGAUAAAAAUCGAGCAGAACUGCUUGAUUUCCUGAACUCCACCCUGUGACGCCAAUGCCAAACGCCGCCAACCCAGGAAACAACUUCCCUUUGUCAGAUGGGAGCUGAUGGACGCAGGUCACCUGAAUUACCACCAGGGGCAGCAGCGAGCUUGAUAGAGCGGAGGAGAUUUCCCACACGUUUAAAAGGAUCUUGCGGCAGUUUUUGAGUGUAUUUCUAUGUAAAACUAACAAUUAUAAACACUACCUGUUGUUGAUGGCUUGAAUUACAGGAAAACACUUGAAGAUUGUGGAAACAUCCCUUUAGAGAAUUGCUCUACCAGUUUCGACAGAUAACCACAUGUGCAGUAUUAUCUAAGGGUUUUUGUUGCUUCAUGUGGAAAUGCGUUCCCCUCCAAGUCUUUCAUCUGGAUUCUGGAUCCUAAAAGUUUGGUUUUAUUUAGAUGUUGGCUGCGUGUUUGAGUCAUGAACAUCUGCACUUUUAUUCUAGGAAAAUGACCAUUUCAUUCUCAUCGUCACCUUGAGCUUCAGGAGCCAUAAUGUCUGUACUUUAAUCAGAGUUUUUCUGUGUGUAUUUGUUCCUCAUGGAUAUAGUUUUAUUUUAAAUUUCAGUAAAUUUCUUCCUUGAUCAUGGAAGUUUAAUUCCUGUUAUUUCUAGAUAUGCGUGCAUUCCAGCUGGAGUCUGUAAAUGGACGACGACGAUGGUGCAAGUGUGUGACAAAAGAAAAAUUCAAAUAAAAAGUGCUGGAAGAAAAAUC